UCGUGAUUGGCUGAGCUGAGUUGAAGCAGUGUAAAGGUUGCGAGUGGGACGUAAACAAGCCAAGUAUUUUCCCUGAGAGACUGCACCACGGCGGGAUAAGCACUCCUCAACGUUACUACGACAUAAACGACAUAAAGGUCAGACAUGAGGCUGUGCUCACCUUUAAUAUUCUGCCUGAUGGCAGGUGUGGCCUCUGCCUUUGUGAUCUCGCCCAAUCACAUGUGGACCAAACUGAUCCUGACCCACCACUGGCCCAGCACUUUCUGUUCUAUGGAACCCUGUCACCCCACCAUCAGCUACUGGACACUACACGGACUCUGGCCAGAUAAAGGGAUUGAAUGCAACUCGACAUGGCAUUUCAACUCCUCUGAAAUUGAGGACUUGCGUCCUGACAUGGAAAAAAGUUGGCCUGACUUGAUUAAGCCCGCAUCUUCUGGCUUCUGGAAGUACGAGUGGCAGAAACACGGUACAUGUGCGGCUAAAGCAGAGUCUCUGAAUAGUCAACAUAAAUACUUCAGCAAAGCUUUGGAACUGUACCACAAACUGGAUUUGGACAGCAUCCUGAAGAAGUUUGACAUCACCCCUUCAGAAAAAUACUACAAAUUUUCACAGAUUGAAGCAGCCAUAGAGAAUUUCUACAGCGUCAAGCCUAAGAUUCAAUGUGUCCAUCCAUCAAAGAAUGCUGAUGUCCAGCUUUUGGGGCAGAUCGAGAUUUGCUUUGACACUGAUUUUGCUCUCCAGGAUUGCGAGAAAGAGAAAGACCGGGUCAAGUAUAUGUCUGUUGACAAGGUGUCUGGGUUCAGUGUGUGUGACCAUGAUAUUCCAGUGUACUACCCCCCUCUACCUUAAAAGUUAUACAUGACCUAACUGAGCUGGUGGUACACAUGUUCACAAAUGUAGUCACGUGUACUGUAACUAAGAUGCACGCACAAUAAUUACAAUUAUUUCAUUUUCUCAGGUAAUCAACAUCGUAGCUUAAUGAUCAUUUAAAAUAGCUUUGGAUAAUCGGGGGAGAUUGAAAACACUUCAGCUUAAUGGAAAUGUAGUCAGGGACAAGUACUUGAAAAAAAAAAUCAUCUUUAUUGCAUUAAAUGUGCUGUUGUUUUUAUAUAACUCGCAAACCAGCACACACACAGACAGACGCGCACACUCCACUACCACAUAGUGCUUUAAUGGAAUGAUGUCCUUUCCUGACCCUUUAGAGUACAUAAGUCCAACAAGCAGGAUGUUUUUUUUGAGGACACAGCAGGAGGCACUGUGAUAAGUCUAGGUCAAGGCAGGCGAGCCAACUAGCUGUUUACCGUCUGUGAUUUAUCGCUGCUCGUGUACAUAUGUGUAUAUGUAUAUAUAUAUAUGUAUAUAUAUAUAUAUAUAUAUAUAUAUAUAUAUAUACAUAUAUACAUAUACAUAUAUGUGUGUAUAUGUAUGUGUGUGUGUAUUUUGAAGCAAGACUUUAUUUUUGACUAUAACUUCACGCAAUAAGAUGUAAAUGUCAAACCACUCUGGAUCUAACUCUACAACUGACUGUAUUUUAUAGUUUAUGAAACAUUUGUGACAUUUUAUUGAUGAAUUCAGACAGUACAUCAAAAUAACUAGUAUAAGUAUAUUUUUGACUCUUUUUGUAUUGUACACCACAUUUGUGAUAUAUGGUUGUUAUAUUCAGUCAUUUCAUCAUAACUGGACUCUUACCUGGAUUCAUACCUCACCUUCCCAUCAAUUUGGAGAACAUUGUUACAAUCGUUUCCAUGUAAUCCUGCUACAAACACACAGACAGACAAACAAAAACAACAAACACUAGAUGCCACACAAGUUCAUUUUGCACCAGUUUAUAAACACAAAGCCAAACAAGUACAAGUAUUUUUAUUUUUUGUCAGUGAUGUAGCAAAUGUUUUUUGUAAGCAUGUUUUUCUAAUCCUACGCUGAUUUGUACAUUUGUAGUCUCUAACUGAUUUGAUAGUUUUUCUUGCCAAUCUUAAAUCCAAGAACUGUAUUCAAUUGUUGUUGUAAUUAUACAAUUACAACUGUGGACAAAUGGUAUGGUGUGAGAUUACUAGAAUGAAUUUAUAUACAUAAGUACUUUUAAUGUUAAUAAAUAAUCUGAUGUCUGGUCA